CCGGAAAUCUCGCGCCUCUGAGAAGAGUGGGGUAGCUGGGGGGAGAGCGGGGAAAGAUGGCGACAGAAAGGGAGCCCCCUCCGUUUGGGGACGGCAAGCCGACAGAGUUCGAGGAGCUGGAGGACGGGGAGGACCUUUUCAUCAGCACCGCUUCUACCCUGGAGUCAAGCCCUUCAUCUCCAGAACCAGCCAGUCUUCCAGCAGAAGACAUCACUACAAAUUCAAAUGGUCCUAAGCCUACAGAAAUCUUAUUAGAUGAUGACAGGGAAGAUCUUUUUGCUGAAGCAACAGAAGAAGUUUCUUUGGAUAGUCCAGAAAGGGAACCAAUACUUUCUUCAGACUCUACUCCAGCUAUAACUCCUGUUACCCCAACAACACUAAUAGCACCAAGAAUGGAAUCAAAAACAUUAGUGGCCCCUGUGGAUUUUGAUAGAUGCAGAGAAGAGAUUGAAGAAGAAGCAAAUGGGGAUGCAUUUGAUAUUGAAAUUAAUGUGUCAGAUCCAGAAAAAGUUGGGGAUGGCAUGAAUGCUUACAUGGCCUACAGAGUCACUACAAAAACUUCCCUAACUAUGUUUCACAAAAAUGAAUUCGCUGUUAAAAGAAGAUUCAGUGAUUUUCUUGGUUUGUAUGGCAAGUUAGCAUCAAAAUAUCUUCAUGUUGGUUACAUUGUACCACCAGCUCCAGAAAAGAGUAUUGUAGGCAUGACGAAGGUAAAAGUAGGCAAGGAAGAUUCCUCAUCUACAGAAUUUGUAGAAAAAAGAAGAGCAGCUUUAGAAAGGUACCUACAGCGAACAGUAAAACAUCCAACCUUAUUACAAGAUCCUGAUUUAAGACAGUUCUUGGAAUGUUCUGAGCUGCCGAGAGCAGUUAACACCCAGGCUCUGAGUGGAGCAGGAAUAUUGAGGAUGGUAAACAAGGCUGCCGACGCUGUCAACAAAAUGACGAUCAAGAUGAAUGAAUCGGAUGCAUGGUUUGAGGAAAAGCAACAACAAUUUGAGAAUCUGGAUCAGCAACUUCGGAAACUUCACGGUAGUGUAGAAGCCUUGGUCUGUCACAGAAAAGAACUGUCCAUCAAUACAGCUGCCUUUGCUAAAAGUGCAGCCAUGUUAGGGAACUCAGAAGACCAUACUGCUUUAUCAAGAGCUUUGUCUCAGCUUGCUGAAGUUGAAGAAAAAAUAGACCAGUUGCAUCAAGAACAAGCUUUUGCUGAUUUUUAUGUAUUCUCUGAGCUACUCAGUGAUUACAUUCGCCUUAUUGGUGCUGUAAAAGGUGUAUUUGAUCAUCGAAUGAAAUGUUGGCAGAAAUGGCAAGAUGCUCAAGUCAUGUUACAGAAAAAACGAGAGGCUGAAGCUAAACUUCAGCUUGCCAACAAACCUGACAAAUUACAGCAAGCUAAAGAUGAAAUCAGAGAGGAAAUCGAAGAGUGGGAAACAAAAGUUCAACAAGGAGAGAGGGAUUUUGAACAAAUCUCCAAAACAAUACGCAAAGAAGUAGGACGAUUUGAGAAAGAACGUGUGAGAGACUUCAAAACCGUUAUAAUCAAGUACUUGGAAUCAUUAGUGCAAACACAACAGCAGCUGAUAAAAUACUGGGAAGCAUUCCUACCUGAAGCCAAAGCCAUUGCCUAGAAAAGACGACUUUCCAAUAUGAAGAUUCUUUGGAUGUUCUCCCAGUUGAAUUAAAUUCCACAAUGAAAUCACUUUAAAAUCAUCCAAAUAAACCACUAUAUAUUUUAUGAAUUUAACAUGUGGCUUUUUAUAUACUAUAGCAUCUUAUUAACAGCUGCAUGUCCUGACACUCUUUGGACUGUGGCAUGACAUUCUGCAAUACUUGCGAAUUGAACACUAUUGUGUCUUAAUAUUUGCACUAAGAUGUGCAAUGCAAGGCCAGAACAUUAUUUUUGUUCUUUACUAUAAGUUCUGUCUACUUGAUCUUUAUGAAAUAAAUUGCAUUUAUUAAUGUUCACAUACACAUUCCUGUAAAUAAUCAAGAUUUUGUGAUUACAGUAAUAAAGGGAUGUAUCUUGUGCAACAUUAA